UCUUUUUGCACUCCCUCCUUGCUGAGUCGAGGGAGGAAUGGAGGGAAGCAUUGUCCUUACGUGUGAACGAAUUGAAACGAGAGGUACGCUACUCAGCCGGUGCGGCAUUGCCAGCGAGGCGUGACGGCAAUGAGGGAGACGAUGUGGAGUGGUCCGUGGCGCAACUUUACAAAACUUUGGUGACUGGUCUCAACAGCACGGCCACGGAGGAAUUACUGACCUCGCGCUUAUUUGGCGGUGAUGCCUCACUCUGCCAUGACAGUAUUGACUCCUUUGGACUGCUGACGGUGUUUCGGGCGCCCAUCCAAGAAUUAUUGGCACAACAUGAGGAGCUUGCCCCAAGUCUCACGAUACUUCGUCGGUCCUUUGCAGCGCUUCAUCCCUCAAACGGAUGCCCAAAGACCAUUAGCCAUACAGAAAUUUCAGCGCAUGAUGCCGAAGAGAACACUAAUACGUUUUUACAGUUUGCUGAUUCCCCAGGAGCGGUGGCGAAGGCGUUGCGCGGUAGAGUAAGCCCCUCUUUGCGUCGCUUGUUGUACGCACGUGCGCUACAGCUUUCAAUUAUCGUCACGGAUGGGAGUUCACUCUUUGGGGGUCGUGGAGAACUUCAGGUGAAUCGGCAUUGCGAUGGCGUGGAAAGAUUCUUGACCUUUGCCACGAAACAUGGCCGUGACAAGGUUAGACGUCGCAUUUACCAUAGUUACGCCACGAAGGAGCAGGAGACAACGGCUAAGGUGAUUCAGGCUAUUGUUAAGGUGGAUAAUUCACAAUCUGUGGGUAACAGCGAUAAAUAUUUCAUCUUCUCGGACGAGACGGAGGUACUCGUCGUCUCUCUCCUCAUGGAUAAGAGUUUGCCAGAGGUGCAUAUGAAAAACACGUUGCGUCUGAUGGGUCGCUCGUCUGAACAGAUUGAGUCUUAUUUGGUAUUUUUAGAGGAAAAUAAUGAGGAAACUGGGCCACGGCAGCGAAGGCCACCGCCCUCGGGUUUUUUCCCCGUUCGUUGCUUUUCACUACUUGUCGCACCGGUGUGUUACAUCACCGGCGAUACGGUGGAGCAGUACGAACUCGUUUCAUCGCUUUUUGGACAACUCUGGGGUCGUAUUCAGGGCCCCACGCCUGAACUGGCGCAGUGUUGCUGGAUUUUUGAGGCGUUGGUUGCUCGCUUUGCAGCUCCAGCGUGUCUCCAUGCUACACGCACGCUUGGUCUCCCACCGUUACGUUUGGCGAUUCAAUGGAUGAUCACUGCAUUUGUGGAGGUGCUUGAGCCAGCGGAACUUCUGGCCUUUUGGGACCUUAUUUUGUCCUAUCACAUUGAAGAAAUAUUUGCUGGACGUACGUCACUGUCUGUGCACAUUCGAGAGGGUGUGGGAAGCGGGGUGGAGAAGAAGAAGAAGGAAAUGGAGGGAGAGGAAAAGGAGGUGUCUCCCUUUGCACCUUCUGCCCUGUGGCUUUUGCCUUUGCUGGCGGCAAGUCUCUUUGUUUACCGCGCUCCAUUGGUUGAACGCUGUGCGACAGCGGAAGAGAUGCUUGUAGUUUUUAAAGACGGUCACCACUUGCGAUGUCGGCCGCUCUUGCAAUAUUUGCUGUUCAUGGCGAAAUGA